UCAAGCGAAUUCAAAUAAAAAGCAAAAAAAGGAAGAAAAAAAAAAAUUCAGUAUUUUUCCCUCUCAUUUCUCUGGGUUCUGUUUCGCUUCUACCUACUACUCUGGAAGGAAGCUCUCUAUCUAUUUCGCUUUGAUUUGAAUCCCUAAUUCUCUUAAUUUUUCGUAAUGUGUAAUUGAGGGUUAUUUGGAGGAGUAGGUGUGAAGAAGAAGCGAUGGGAAAAGCGUCGCCGAAAGAGAAGAGUUGGAAGGUAACAAAGGGGAAAAAACAAAUGAGGAAUAAGUAUCUGAAACCUGGAACUCUUGCUCAGCUUCGGUGUAAUAAGUCUUCGUAUUCUUCUUCUUCGGGUUCUGCUUCCAAGUCUUGUACUGAUAUUGGGAAGAAAAGAGUGGCGCUGUUGCAUACGAGGAAGACGCAGGGUCAUGACGAUAAGGUGUUUGAUAAAAGUCCUCUGACGCUGACGCCUGUGAAUUUGGUUAAACAGAGUAAUUUGCUUGGGACGCCCAAAACCCCGCGGACCGAUGAUAUCCAAUCAGAAUCGAGGCUCGAGUCUCUUCCCAUGGAUUUGUUGGUUAAACUACUAUGCCACCUGCACCAUGACCAACUGAGGGCUGUCUUCCAUGUUUGUCGAAGAAUUAGAAAAGCUGUUAUGAUUGCAAGGCAGCUUCACUUCAAUUAUACUACCCCAGAUCGCUCUCGGCAAGAGAUGUUAAAUAGAAUGACUCCCCGUCCUACUGAACAUUGGCCUUUUCUGUGUAAGGGUGAUGGGAAGGGAGUAAGGAUUCCAAGCCCACAUACACCUAAAGCACCUAGACAUGGACCUCGACCGCCUUCUCGCCUGAAAGUUUCUGAGAUGCGGCAGGUUGCAGCUGUUCUUUUCCAGGAGUCAGCUUUUCCUUCUCAUAGCUUGGUGCCAUCAAUUCUACCAAAGCCCGUAUGCAAAUCCAUGGCUUCUAAUAGAGUUCUUUUCUACGAAGAUGAACUAUGCCAGGCAGUUGCUCAGAAUAAACUUCUCUGAUGCUAUUCUCUUUAAUCUUUUGCCUUCACUUCCUCAUGUUUCUCUACUGUAUAUAACUCUUUUUUGGUCUUUAGUGAACGUUAGAAUAGUAAGGAUUCAAUUUUGUAGUCUGUGUUGGAGCAGUUUAGCUGGUGUGGAUAUUUCAGAUGUCUAAAUAGAUGUGGAUGGUUGGCAAUGGUUGUGAAAAUAACAUUAUGAUAGGCGUGCGUUACUUGUAUAUGUUUUGUGUGUCUGAAACAAUUUGGAGAACAUUUUAGAAACAAUAUAAGGUUCUUCUACUUUAGCGUAGAUGGCUGUUCUUUCUUGUACCUAUAUCCUUACAUGAUGGCAAAGAGGGUGUUGUUGAAAUCUAGAGGCAAAUAGU